CUCGAGAGAGUCUCUUGGGAAGCUGGACUAGCCACAAGUUGUGGUGAACCAGGGUAAAAUUCGGUGUGCCUCUUACUCUUCUCUUUACUUCUCUUUUAAUUGUUUAAUUCCUGCGAUUUCUACGAUCAAAUGCUAUUCACCCCCCCUUUAGCGUUGGUCACUUAUUCUAACAAUUGGUAUCGGAGAUUAACUCGCGUCCAAACUUAACCGUUUGAGAGUAAAGCGAUCAUGGGUUCUUCUUCUAGAAAUCUCUAUGCAGGAAUUGAAGAAGGUCAGUCUACGUCUAGGCCACCACUCUUUGAUGGAACCAACUAUUCCUAUUGGAAGGAACGGAUGAGAAUCUAUAUCCGUUCCACCAACUUCCAAUUAUGGUUGGUCAUCAAAAAUGGAGAGCAAAUCCCAAUGAAGAAAGUAGGAGAAACCACAGUCCCAAAAACCGAGGACGAAUUUGAUGCCGAGGACAUAAAAAAGGUGGAGAACUACGCCAAGGCCAUGAACAUGUUGUACUGUGCCGUCAAUCCUGAUGAUUAUCGCAAGAUCUCUUGCUGCACCACUGCAAAAGAAAUGUGGGACAAGCUGGAGGUCACAUAUGAAGGUACGGACCAAGUUCGGGAAGCCAAAAUUGACUUCCUAACGCAGGAGUACGAGAUGUUCAGAAUGAAGGAAGGCGAAAAGAUCGAUGACAUGUUCGAUCGGUUCUCAAAGAUCAUCAACGACCUUCAUGCACUCAAGAAGACCUACACCAACAAGGAUCUUGUGAGAAAAAUCCUGCGAAGUCUCACACCCGAAUGGAGAUCAAAGGCAGAUGCAAUCUAUGAAUCCAUCGGAGUCUCAAAUGUCAACAUCGACGGGUUAAGGGGUAAUCUCAAAACUUAUGAAUCUACUAUCCUAACCCCAUCUUUGGAUGAACAAAAGAAGAAGGGAAUAGCGCUGAAAGCAACCAAUGAGACCAUGGAAGAAGCUUCAAGCGAUGACGACAACGAGUUCGGACUCGUCAUCAAGAAAUUCCACAAAUUCAUGAAGAAGGAAUUUGAACGGAAAGGAAGAAAGCACGACGGUCCCCCAAAGUGCUAUGGUUGUGGCGAGAUAGGCCACAUCAAGCCAAGAUGUCCAAAAGGCAAAAGCAGCAAGGACAAACCUGGCUUCAAAAAGCAACGAGCCUAUAUCUCAUGGGGUGGCGACUCCGGCGACGAGUCAACUGAUCAAGAAGAGGAGGAAGCCGCCAACCUUUGCCUCAUGGCGCAUGAAGAUCAAACUGACGUCAUUCAAGAGGUAUGUACCAUUUCUUCCGACUCUUAUACUUUUGAAGAAAUGCAAGAAGCACUUCAUGAGCUUUAUGACGAAUUUGUUAGCGCUUCUAAAACCAGAAAGUUCUUCAAGUGAAUGUGAAUCUUGCAAAAUCUUAAAAGAAAAGGUUGCAAAACAUGAGAGUACGGUUAAGAAGUUUAAUACACCACACAAAGAUCUUAAUUUACUCCUUGACACUAUGCAUUUUUCUAAGGAAGGAAUAGGUUUUGAUAAAAAUAAAUCUAAGGAUAAAAACGUUGAGCAAACACCUAGACAACCUCCUAAGGCUCAACUUAAGAAAGUUAAAAAUCAGGA